UGAAUGCCUUAAAAGAAGAGGUUCCAUCUGUAAAGAUUAAAGGAUGUCAUUUCCACUACUCGCAAUCAAUUUGGCGAAAAGUACAAGAGUUGGGACUGGUAUCUCAUUACAUCAACACAGCAGAAAUCAGGCAAUUUAUUCGUCGAUUAAUGGCAAUGCCUUUUGUACCCCUGGGCCAGGUUGAUGAGGCAUUUUUUAUAUCAGUUGCAGAGGUAACGUGGACAGCUCCCAUUACAGAUUUGAUUUCAUAUUUCACUGAUACUUGGUUAGAAGAAGAGGCUUUGUUCACUGUGGAUAUUUGGAACCAUUUUUCCACAGAUGACAACAUUCGGACAAAUAACAACGUUGAAGGAUGGCAUUCCAAGCUACAAAAAAGUGGAAUGUCACCAAAACCUAAUGUUUACAUAUUUGUGAAUAAAAUGAAAGAAAUUGAAGAAGAAAAUAUUGCUGAAAGAAGAAUGUUGCUCUGCGGUUCAGAGAAUCCUCCACAGCAGAAAGCUGUUUAUAAGAAAGUUAAUGACAGAUUAUAUUCUUUGAAACAAAGAUUACUAAACCAAACAAUAUCUUUAAGAGCAUACAUGGAUGCUACGACAUAUAUUGUGAAGAAAUAAUAAAAAAAUUGAUAACCAUGUAAUUAUUAUUUUUUAUUAAAAUAGAAAUUAAGACUGGCACCUAUAAUAAAUCACUAGCAAUUAUAUCAACAAUUUCAGUUAAAUUAAUUUUUUUUAUAAUCCAUUUUAUAACAAUACUAGCAAUGUAUAAUAUGCUCUAUAUACAUUUUAUCAGAUGAUUUGGUUAUUAAUAAUAAAAAAUUUGAUUUAAAAAUUAAAAACAAUCAUAGUUUAAAAUAAAUAUAUUUUUUUAUUAUUUUUAAAAAAUCAAGAAAUUCGCAAACACUGGGAAUCAUAUAAUUCCAAUAAAAAUUACAGAUAUAGAGUAAUUAAUUGAUAAUAAUUCAUAAAUUAGAUAAAUUUUUACAGGCCAUAACCACGAAAACUGCAUUGUUGUCACAAGUGAUACUACAUUCUAUAGUAUUACAGCAAAAAUCUACAUAAAUGGGUGGUUUAUUUUUUGUGAAUAGAUGUUAGAUGUAACACAACUCUAAUAGCAAACAUAACUUCAACUAGAAAUUUUUCGCAAAUUAUUUUUCAUGCAAAAUGAUUUUGUGUGUUCUUGUAUCAAAUAUAGUUUCAAAUCAAAUAUAGUUCUUGUUCAAAUAUAGUUUGUGGAAAUUCAAAAGCUAUAAAAAUCUGAUUAACAUUAAUAAACAAAACAAAACAAAGAAAUUUCAACAGACAACAACACACUAAAGAAUACCAGUGAGCUGCAACGCACAACACGCUUAUAGCUUACAUAUUUAUAAAUGUUUUUUUUUUUUUUUAACUACAAAACUCGGACUUUUUUUUAAUCUAAGAGUUUAGAAAAAUUAAGAAUGGCGCAUUUCUAAGAAUGAAAAUUACAAACCAUUACGCAAGCAAUUUGUAAACAGUUAAACCAUGUACUACUCCAUUCGUAGCAUGAACUGCUCAAACAUGCGGGAAGUAGCAUUCUCACUGUUAGACAAAUAAUAGAAGUUAAAAGGUAUGAGGUUCGAUUUUCCGUCGUCGAUCUCAUGCAUUCAACUUGCGUCGGUGACGUCAUGGUCUGCGGGGAUCGGCCAGUUUAUUUUCAUUUGCUGUUGGUCGUUCUUGCGUGGAUCAUGACGUCACCUGCUAUCUGUAUUUAAGCUUCUGUUGAAGCAGAUCAUUUUGUAUUCUUUCUUUUCGUCACUCUGUUUGUGACAUUCUUUAUUACUAAUGUUUUUAAAUAAACUCAUUUAUUCAGAAA